CCUCCUCAACAAGCCUCUCCCGUCACAGUUCCCACCCUGCACCGGGGCACACUGUUCCUACUUCCGAAUGUCUCUGCCGACCCAUCUGACUAAAUAUCCGGUUCCUUUUCUCACUUCUUUCCUUUCUCAGCCGCCUACUACAGACCCUGACCCAGCUUUUUCUGCCAGAUUGCUUUAAGAAACCGCCAAUGUUAGCCACCCAAGCUUAGGAGCUUUUGGUACUGGAGGCCUCCGGGAACGCUGAAAGGCGGAAGACUGCUGUAAACUCGAGUCUGCUGAAUGCUAAGCAGUAACACUGAAGAGACCCACAGCAAAGGACAGAUGUCCACACUGGCCAAUCUUAUCUGGACAGUCCCUCAAUUGACUCCCUUCUGAGGCGCAAAGACUCUGAGGAAAAUGAAGUUUCCCUGCCUCUCCUUCCGGCAGCCCUAUGCUGGUUUAAUCUUAAAUGGAGUCAAGACUCUUGAGACUCGUUGGCGUCCCUUGUUGAGGAACCAUCAGAAAUGUACCAUCGCCAUCCAUAUUGCUCACAGGGACUGGGAAGAUGAUGCCUGGCAGCAGGUGCUGGUAGAGAGGUUGGGAAUGACCCUGGUGCAGAUUCAGACCUUACUACAGGAAGGAGAAAAAUAUGGCCGAGGUGUGAUAGCUGGACUUGUUGACAUUGGAGAGACUUUGCAGUGUCCAGAAACCUUAGCUGCUGAUGAGGUUGUCGAACUGGAAACCCAAGCUGUGCUAACCAAUGUGCAGCAGAAGUACCUGACUCCAAUUUCAAACCCCAGAUGGUUACUAGAGCCCAUACCUAGAAAAGGGGGGAAAGAUGUAUUCCAGGUGGACAUCCCAGAGCACCUGAUCCCUUUGGGGAAGGAUUGGAGCAGUGAAUGCUCUGCAGAACAGUGUCAGGAAAACUAAAUAAUGGCCCUAUCAUUAGUCCAUCAGAGCAUAAACCUCUAAAUAUCAGGGGGACUCUAAGCCCCUACUGCCAUGCAGGCUACAUCCCAUCUGUGCUGUUGCCAGACCCAGACUGCUGUGACAUCAAGAAAGGGGAUAGAAGUGAAGAAAUCCCUCCUGCGGUGGCUCUGGCAGUGAACCCACAAAGCUUCAAGAACCUUGGCCUUAGGGAAAAGGAAAACUGCCAUGAAAUGUCUUUUUGCUGACGUUCACCUUAGUCCUACUGUUUUCUGGAAUGCAUAAAUAAAUGUGUUGAUGAUAAG